GAGGGCGGCUCGGCGGGUCACGGUCGCUGCUCCCGCCAGCUCCCGGUGGCCGGGCCCCCGAAGGAGCGAGUUGUGCAGCGACGCGGCUCGAUCUGGCCCAACCAUGGACAGAAAGGUGGCCCGAGAAUUCCGGCACAAGGUGGACUUUCUGAUUGAAAAUGACGCCGAGAAGGAUUAUCUCUAUGACGUGCUACGCAUGUACCACCAGACCAUGGACGUGGCCGUGCUUGUGGGAGACCUGAAGCUGGUCAUCAAUGAACCCAGUCGCCUACCUCUGUUUGAUGCCAUCCGGCCCCUGAUCCCGCUAAAGCACCAGGUGGAAUAUGACCAGUUGACUCCCCGGCGCUCCAGGAAGCUGAAGGAGGUGCGCCUGGACCGGCUGCAUCCAGAAGGCCUCGGCCUCAGCGUGCGUGGUGGCCUGGAGUUUGGCUGCGGGCUCUUCAUCUCCCACCUCAUCAAGGGCGGUCAGGCGGACAGCGUCGGGCUCCAGGUAGGGGAUGAGAUCGUUCGGAUUAAUGGCUAUUCCAUCUCCUCCUGUACCCAUGAGGAGGUCAUCAACCUCAUUCGAACCAAGAAGACUGUGUCCAUCAAAGUGAGACACAUUGGCCUGAUCCCUGUGAAGAGCUCUCCCGACGAGCCCCUCAAAUGGCAGUAUGUGGAUCAGUUUGUAUCAGAAUCUGGGGGCGGGCGAGGCAGUGUGAGCUCCCCUGGGAAUCGGGAAAACAAGGAGAAGAAGGUCUUCAUCAGCCUGGUGGGCUCCCGGGGCCUUGGCUGCAGCAUUUCCAGCGGCCCCAUCCAGAAACCUGGCAUCUUCAUCAGCCACGUGAAGCCUGGCUCCCUGUCUGCCGAGGUGGGGCUGGAGACAGGGGACCAGAUUGUCGAAGUCAAUGGCAUCGACUUCUCCAACCUGGACCACAAAGAGGCCGUGAACGUGCUGAAGAGUAGCCGCAGCCUGACCAUCUCCAUCGUGGCUGGAGCUGGCCGGGAGCUGUUCAUGACGGAGCGAGAGCGGCUGGAGGAGGUGCGGCAACGCGAGCUGCAGCGGCAGGAGCUCCUAAUGCAGAAGCGGCUGGCCAUGGAGUCCAACAAGAUCCUGCAGGAGCAGCAGGAGAUGGAGAGGCAAAGGAGGAAGGAAAUAGCCCAGAAGGCAGCUGAGGAGAAUGAGAGAUACCGGAAGGAGAUGGAACAGAUCGUGGAAGAGGAAGAAAGAUUUAAGAAGCAGUGGGAAGAAGACUGGGGCUCAAAGGAGCAGCUACUCCUGCCUAAAACCAUCACGGCUGAGGUGCACCCUGUCCCCCUUCGCAAGCCAAAGUAUGAUGGGGGAGUGGAACCCGAACUUGAGCCGGCAGACACCCUGGACAGAGGCACGGAGGAGCAGGGACGGCAGGAUUUCCGGAAAUAUGAGGAAGGCUUUGACCCCUACUCCAUGUUCACCCCAGAGCAGAUCAUAGGGAAGGACGUCCGGCUCCUGCGUAUUAAGAAGGAGGGUUCCUUAGACCUGGCCCUGGAAGGUGGUGUGGACUCCCCCAUCGGGAAGGUGGUCGUCUCAGCUGUUUACGAGGGGGGAGCCGCCGAGCGACACGGUGGUGUUGUGAAAGGAGACGAGAUCAUGGCCAUCAAUGGCAAGAUCGUGACGGACUAUACCCUGGCCGAGGCUGAGGCCACCCUGCAGAAGGCCUGGAAUCAGGGCGGGGACUGGAUCGACCUGGUGGUUGCUGUCUGCCCCCCUAAGGAGUAUGACGAUGAGCUGACCUUCUUCUGAAGUCCAGAAGUGAAAGCAAGUUCAUUGCUAGAAGCCGGUGAGUUCCAGCCCCACCUCUUGGAAACAGAGCCUGGGAUCAGCCUUGAGAAAAGCCAGUCUGCAGGCAUCAGAAGGCCUCCCUGGGGACCUGAACCCAGCACCCAGGAAU